CAAUUCUAGAAAAAGUUCCAUAAGCAAUAUUGACUGUCUGACAAGCGCAUAGUUCCCAUUUGAAAGUCGAACAGAAUGUCUGUCCAUAGUUGGUUACACUAUAGCCACGGCUCUUUGCCGCAAGACGCCGUUGCUGCUGGUCAUGACUCCGAUGGCGAUACCAUAUUUAUCGGGCGUGCCUUCUACAACAACGACAUGCUGCCAGCAAAGAUCAUACCAAACAAGGGCAAGGCCUACGUGGCCUAUGCCGGCCAGGAGGUAGAGCUGGAGAACUAUGAAGUGCUAAGUGGUCACAACUACGUGUGGUUACCCGGUGCAAAUGGCGAAGUGCCCAUCGGUGCCGUUCCAGUGGGUCGCAAUGUGGAUGGCGAGGAAUUGUAUGCCGGGCGCGGCUACCAUGCCGGCAGCCUAACAGUGGGCAAGGUACAUCCCUCACAUGGCUGUCUGUACAUACCCUACGACUCGGAGGAGGUCAAGAUCUUUGAGUACGAGGUACUGUCGCGCCUCAUGCGAUAGGCGUUUGUUAACAAAUGUUUUUACAUAGGUAGAUUUUGUACAAUAAACUGAAACUUUUAUAGAAUCUUUACUACCGCCUUAUCUCUAACUCAAUUAAACUGGCUAAGUUACCUACUGUUCAAUCUAUUUAUAGUUAGUGCAAUAUGCCGUCAUUUGUCGCAUUGUAUGAUCUUUAUGAUGAACCUCCACUGUUCGCAGCUCUAUUUAAAAUUAGUUAACUCAAACCUGGCCCGCAAUGAAAAAAAUGUAGUACGACAUCAGUUCUUAGUUAACAAAUAAAACGAAUUAUAUAAGAAUUAAUUUUACAACAUGCUAAAUUACAUUAAGCCUAAACUUUUAAUUAAAAAGUCUAACUAAAAUUUACGAACUCAAAUGAAAAACCAAUAGGACCAAGCUAAAUCUAUGUGCAAAGCUUAAGAAAACAUCAAUAGCAUUUUAUAAAUGAGAAUUGUUAAUAAUAAUAACCAAACGAAUAUAAUUACGAUUUAUAGCUAAUUUAUGUUUACAAUUACACUAUUCAUUUUUACACAAAGCGAGCUUGUAAUGGUUUCCGCAUUCAAAAGAAUAAAAUCUAAUGUAAAAAAUGCAAAGUAAAAAGAUUACACACCCUUUUUGAUAAGAUAACAAAAUUUUGCUGAACUCGCUUGCUUGCAAUGCAACAAAAGUAUUUAAUCAAAAGCAAAAGUUUAAAUAAAUCAAGCACCUGAUUGGCUAGCAAUUGAA